AUGGCACAGAACGGCACAAACCUUCACAACACUCCCGCAAGCUGCUGCCAGCUUCACAUCAAGAUCCCAACCCCUACGCCUUCCGAGGAUGCAGACAUUGGUGAUAGCAAUGCCUGGUUGGCACAACACCCCAACGGCUUUCUGAUUAUGCGCAGUCUAAAAGCCCAUCACGGCUUCAUCACGAAUUCCAUGCUCAUCAGAAGCAUCGACACGGGCGAGCUCUUUGUCAACAAGCGGUUCCGACGGUUUGCACCGUCCAUCUCGGACGACGGAACAGGGAUCAUGCUCGACGGCCGCUUCACAACACUGCACCCCCCCGAGCUACUCUUCUCCACGCUCGAGGACUCGUGCGUCGAGGUCACUCUGCCGGAUGAGGGCUACUUCCCCAAGCUGUACGGCUACGGUUUUCCUUUUGGCCAGCCGGGACAGCGUAGGGACGAGGAUCCGUCGCCGUGGGACAUCUACUCGCUAUACUUCAAGCACUACAACGGCGGGAACAUCGGCAACCUUGUCGAGAUGUACCGCGACCGCCGGAGUGGCGCGCCUAUUCCCGAGCCGUUCAUCUGGCAUGUUAUGGAGCAGCUGUCGCGGGCCAUCCUGUUUCUGUCUUGCGGAGUCGCACGCGAGGACCUCGACGACUUGCUGUCAAGGUCGUCUUAUGGGGAGGAGGAGGACGAAGAAGACGAUCAUCCGCUGAAGCCGGGAUGGAAACCUAUCGCCCACGGUGCCAUCCUGGAGCGCAACGUGCUGCUGCAUUUUCCCGACGGGAACGACGACCCCCUGACCCGCUGCUGCUUCCCUCAAGUAAUUCUCGAAGGCUUCGAUAAGGCCAGGUUAUUAUGCAGGGAGUCGCAACAUCCGAGGACGGUCCGAAAUACCGCCGCUGGCGAAAGUUCCAAUGACAACCCAACCCCUACGACUUGGGAGGACGUACAGCUCCUCGGCGACCUGAUCGGCCGGCUAGUGACACCCACUUGUCCCGGGGAAGAGGCGGGACGCCACAAGCCCUCAGACUCCUAUUACCACUCGGAGAUACCAGGGCGCAGAACACGCAAACCCGAAGAGCAGCACCCGGCAUACUCGACCGACCUCAUCGGCCUGGUCCAAGCAUGGCAAAACAGACGCCGCGACAAGUCCCGUCAGCCUUCGAGGCACGUCUGGUGGGCGGACCUGCCAAACAGAAAGCACAUAGAGAGCGCCAACUGGCUCCUCCGCCACGUGCUGCCCAAGGCCAUAGAGAAGGUGAGACAGUACCGCCGGUUGCAUGGGAGUAUCUUGCUCGGGAAUCGAGUCGAGGACGUGUCAUGGGUCAUGCCCGACCCUGCCCUGGCGAAUAUCCCGUUCUCGGUGAACAACGAUAUCGGCCAGCCGGACGCCGCGCUAGAUCUCGUCAGGAUCCGCCUGAGAUAUUUCCUCGGGCCCUACGUGCCGGUGUGGCACCACUAUGAUGCGGGCGAAGUCUCCGGGAAAAAACCCGUGGAGGGAGAGUCGGAACUCUACACGAUCGAUGGUGGGCCGGGCAAAACCGAGGUCGAUGUCGGGGAUGAUGACGAGGGCGACAUUAACUGGAGCGAUAGCGGGAGCGGAAGCAGCUUCGAGACCUCCGACAGCGGUCCCCGACAACCCAAGCAGUCCGCGUCUGAGGCGAGUAAGUGGCACAUUAGGACCAAGGGUCGCGGCGUACCUCCGACGGCGACCGUCCUCGCUCGACCAUCCCCAAAGUUCCGGACAUCGGUAGGCAUGACUAUGAGGCCCAAGAACACGCCACCGCCACCCAGGGGUCGGAAGCCGAGGGUAACGAGACGGACCGGCGUCCUGCCUACCCGACGAUCCGAGCGGAUCGCAGCCAUGAAGCGCAAGGAGCCGAGUACUCGAGAGCAAGGCGGUUGGGUGCAGGACCAAGACCGAUGCGAAGAGCGUGGCGCAAGACGACGGCGACGGCGCUGA